AUGCCAUCGGGGGCCUGCCUUCUGUUAGUGGUGGUAUGUUGUCUUGGAGCUUUGGGACAGACCCCAAAGCAGAAGAAAAUCAAUCACGGGGAAGAGAUUCACUUUCAGACAAAGGGCAAAGAUGCUUGUACUAUGCGGGUCAGUGAUCAGGGUGAAAUCCACCUGAGGCUUGAGUGCAGGAACCAGGGCCGAGCCUCCUGGUGUGAGUAUAGUGGGAAGCCUGGGCUGUGUGGGGCCUUCAUCAGUAAUCCGACUCUGUACUGGAGCCAGGUGGUGCUGGGCUUAAGGAGGCUGAAUGAGCCCUGCCUGGCAGCCCCAGUGCUGAGGCCCACAGUAUGCCAGGGUGCUGGACCUGAGGCGCAGCUCAAGCAGGGGGCUUCUGGCCUGAAGGGUGCUCACCUCUCCAGCCAGCAGUCUGAAGCUUCUAGGCCUUCAAAAUUAGGGCCCAGGUCUGAGGGACCACUCCAAAAAGAUUCCCAGGCAGUCCAGAUGGGCAAAAGGUCUAUUAAGAAAGUUGGGAAAGCCAAGCCCACUGCCCCACCUCCAGUGAAGCCAACCCAACAAGGACAGCGUGCCCGAAGAGAGGAGGAGGCCAUGAGGAUGGCGAAAGAAUACUGUUGGGAACCCUUGCAGAAGAUCUGCUCUUUUAUCAUUGGCAUCUUUCUGGGCUAA